AGCACCCAGGUUUGGAGAUGUCUGUUUUAGCGUGGUUUUCCAACAAGAAGCUCACCAGGUCUCUCAAACAGAAGCUGGACUCCUUCGACACCCAGUGCCUGAGAAAGAUCGAAGGCAUCCGUUGGCAGGACCAUGUCACCAACGAAGCAGUACGCUACACAACAAACCAGGUCCCGAUCAGCCAGAGGAUCACCAAGCACCAGCUAAACCUCCUGGGUCACAUCUCCAGAGCUACACCCACCCAGGAAGUGAUUAAACCGAUCACCACAGCUCCAGAUCCAAUUUGGAGGCGCCCUAGAGGCCGUCCCAGGAGCAGAUGGGAAGACCGGGUUUUCAACGUGCUGGACAGUUUAGGGGUCAGCAGAACUGACUUGAGUGCGCUGGCAGAAAAC